GAGAGAGAGAGAGAGAGAGAGAAAGAACAAAGACAUUUCUUGAUGCUCCCAUUGUAUACACAUUAGUGGUCAACAUAUAUAAAAUGUCAAAUGAGACAAUAAAUCGAAUAACAAAUUCAGCCGACUGAAUAUUUUUUUUCUAUCGAAUUGAAAGACUGUGACUCGAAUACUAAUGAGGAUAUAGUUUGUUUGUGUUUUUUUCGGUUUGUUAUUUCACUGGAAUUGAACGGCAAAAUUUGAUAUAAACAUAUCCAGCAGAAUUUUGCAGCGAUUCACACAGUGUGACAAUGUCGCUAAACGAUGUAUUCCGGUGUUUUAUCUGCAUGGAAAAAUUGCAAGAAGCGCAUCUGUGCCCGCAUUGUUCGAAACUUUGCUGUUAUCUAUGCAUAUCAAGAUGGUUAAAUGAGCAGCGUCGGCAAUGUCCACACUGUCGGGCUCCAUUAAAUGUUCAAGAGCUGGUAAAUUGCCGUUGGCUGGAAGAAGUUGCUCUUCAAGUGGAAUCUUUACAGCAAAUAUGUGCAAAUGUCAAAGCAAAUGGGUUAGCGCAAAGUGAAAACGAUCAGUGUAAUACGCAUAGCGAAAAAUUAUCCGUUUAUUGUGGGACCUGUAAAUGCUGUAUUUGCCAUCAAUGUGCUCUCUGGGGUGGCACACACUCUGGCCAUACAUUCAAACAACUAGACCUCGUCUAUGAAACGCAUAUCGCUCAAGUAAAAGAAGAAGUUUCGCAGCUGCGUAGCCGUUUGAUGGAAUUAAUAAGUUUGGUAAAAGAUGUUGAGCAAAAUGUUGAAACAGUACGAUCGGCGAAAGACGAGAAAGUUCGGGAAAUUCGAAAUGCCGUUGAACACAUGGUUAAUCGAUUGGAUUCGCAUCUUAAAUUAAAAUUGGUAACGUUGGUGCGACAAAAGACAUCGUUAAAUCACGAGACCGAGCAACUCGAACAGUUAUUGGAUGAAAUUGAACAUCAAAUGAACUCUUGCUCACGCAGUCAACUCAUUACGAAAUCUCCGGAAUUGUUGAAAAUGAUUCAUCAGGUUCGGCUUAAGCCAAUGACAUGCUACGUAAUGGCGCCCGUGCCAGUUGAUUUUGUAAGCGAGAUAGUCCCGUCAUAUGAAACUGGCACAUUUCUUAUGGAAAAAUUUACGUCAUUGCAAAGGAAGGGUUUGCCGAUAUAUUCGAAUGAAUUGAAUGUGAAUGGUUUGCAAUGGCGUUUAAAGGUCUAUCCAUAUGGGAAUGGCGCUGUGCGUGGUGAAUAUUUAAGUGUUUUUCUUGAAUUAACCCAUGGCUAUCCGGAGACGAGCAAAUAUGAAUAUCGCGUACAAAUGAUUCAUCAAACAUCUUCAAAGGUCAUUCAACGCGAAUUUGUCUCCGAUUUUGAGGUUGGAGAAUCUUGGGGCUAUAAUCGAUUCUUCCGCUUGGCCCUACUUGCCAGCGAAGGCUAUUUGAAUGUGCAACGUGAUUCGCUUGAGCUUCGUUUUCAAGUACGGCCAUCAACAUUCUUUCAACGAUGUCGUGACCAACAGUGGUACAUAAAUCAGUUGCUGAAAAAGCAAUGGCACCACGAAACGGAAAUCAAACAGCUGAAGGAUCGCUUGAGACGUGAAUCAUUGAAAAAUAAACAUUAUACAAGCAAUGCGGCCGCAAAUACCAGCAUUACUGAAAUAAGCUCGGCCGCCAAUUCAACUUCAUCCGCAAUUUCAGUUAAUGAAAAUUUGAUUUCGGUGAAUUUGGCCGGCACAUCAGCGUCAUAUUCAUCGUCAUCCGCAUCUGAAAUGACCGAUGUACCAUCAUGUUCGGGUGCCAAAUCAAAGCACAACGCCAAAAGAUCGGUUAUUUCAAAUGGAAAAUCAAGCACAAACUCUUCAAAAGAGAAAUCAUCGUCGAAAUAUGAACAUUUUUACAAUGAAUGCGAUCAACCAGAUUAUAUUAACACAAAUCAGUUGGUAGAUAAACGAAAGGAAAUCAUUCCAAGCGAUGAUUUAUUUUCUGAUCUCCUACAAAAUAUCUAUGCAAACAAUGUUAAAGUCGAUUCCACAGAUGCUACAAACAGUCAAAAUGCACUGCCAAAAGUCACUGCUCUCACUAUUAUAAAAAAUACACCGCCUCGUGUAUCAUCGCUUGGCCAGUCGAUUUCGUCACCGAAUUUACGCUCAGCAGAUAACAUAACAUUGAGUUCAGAUUCGGAUGAAGAUUUGCAUGGAACACGUGAUAAAGCGCGUCGUGCACUGAGCAAAGUGAAUGACAGUUCCGAAGAAGACAAUGAAUUAGAAGAGGAGACAAUAUCUGGCGAGAAUGAUGUCGAGUAUGCGGAAUUUUCAUUGAGUGUACGAACAUCGCCAAAGGAACAUAUUCAAGACAAUUACAUUGAUAGCGUUAGUUCGAAUGGAAUUGAAUCAGUUACAACGAACAUGAAUGGUCUUGAUGACGAUUUCAUGACCUUACCGAUCUCAACCUUACCGUCAAGUAUUUCGAACAAUCGAAGCCGCUAUCGGACGCCAAUCACAUCGGCAAGCGUAUUUGAUACUCUGCUUGAAGGGCCACGAAUGAGUUUUGCCAUUCUUGGUAGUGGUAGUGGUGAUUCGAAACGUGACAGUUCCACAUCCGAAUCAAGUUCGACGGAAUCACUUCGAAAUGUUGCGAGUAGCUCGACCGAUCAAAGUAAUCCGAUGGACAGUGUGGCGGCCGCAUUACAAACCAAUUCCACAAACCAAGUUGACAAUGAACCGAUCACUUGGAACUAUAAUCCGCAUGCAAUCACGCGGUCCAAUAGCAAAACCAAACCAAAUUGCAAAGAUGACGAUGUUUCAUACAAUUGCUAUAGCCAAACAUUAAAUAAGCUAAUGGGUGAGUUCAAUGUGAACAAACGAAAACGCAACAAUAAUCGAAAUGGUGAUGACACAAAUGCAGCCGCCAAGCUAAUCGAUAAUUUACAUGGUGCAGAAAAGAAAUCACUAAUGAAGAAUAGAAUGCCAUGGUCAAAAGAUGGUGACCGUCGUGACAGUGAAGACUCCCAUUUCUGGUCAAAGGUUCUGUCUACCACCAACAAUAACCACAGUCAGCAAAAUGACUUACUCGCAUCCACAUCGGCCAUAUCAACUGCAGGUGCGGCGAAGAAAUCCGCUACAAACACUGCCGUCACUGUUAACAGUUUUAAUAUUUCAAGUCAACCAAACAAUUUAGAUAUGAAUGAGGUCGAUGCAAUUAAUUGUAAUUUGAAUAAUGAUUUGAAUAAGUUCACAUUAGCAUCGCAAACAGCAUUGGCUACCACUUCAUCAGGAUCCGAUUUGGCCAAGGCCACUAUUAGUUUCAACUCAAAGAAUUUGGUACAGAAACGCAUGAAUACACCUAAUGACAACCUGAAUUUUUACAAUGAAAAACAUUUUGAUGACACUAGCGCCAAUGAACUGAAUCGAAUGACAAUCAACAAUGAUUUGAGUACAGCCAAUAAUUCAUUUUUGCAAGCCCUUAGUGACUUGCGUCUCGAUUACAGUGAAUUGGGCGCGGCAACGAGCCGAUCAGAUCGCCUGGAACUUCCUGAAUUAUCACAAUCAAAGAACAGAUCCAAUGAACGACCUAAUUCAUCUUAAUAAACCGACACGGUAUUCAGUUGUGACAAGGAAUUUAAUUUGAGAAUCGAGUAGAAAAUAUUUAUUAUAUAUGUCAAUAGUUGUGAUAGUGUGCUAUAAAAUUGAGUUGUUAAUGCAAAAUUGAAAGAAAGAAUUGUAAAAGAGAACUAACAACUGUGAAAUAUGUAACGAAAAAGUCUACUUGAAUAGAUCCAAUUAAUAAAUCAAAAACCUCAAACAUA